AUGAUAACUUUGACUCUAGAACGUCUAACAGCAGAAUUAGCAGAAUUAACAGUCCAGAAACUAAAGCUCCUAUACGUGCUCGCUGAGAGUGUGACUCUAGACGAGUAUGAACGCCACACAGACAAAUUUAACAUUCAUAGUUUAUGGAAAUGGAAAGAUUAUAAAGUCGUUAUUUAUGAGCUUCCAUUAAAGCCACAUGAAACUUGUAUUGCCGCAAUUACUUUAGAAAUGGUUGAGAAAUUCUUUCCCGUUAAAGGAACAAAUGCCAGGAUUGUAGGCCUAGGAGCAACUCGAACUCGUGCUGAUGAUUCUGGGAAAGAAGCAGAUGCAUCAUUUCAUCCAAUGAAACCACGAGCACCAGCACCAACCGGAAGUGACAGAAAGAGUGAACCAUGGCCAAAUAUCAUUAUAGAAGUUUCACAUUCUGAAAGCAUAAAUCAUGUCUUUGAGAAAGUGAAAAAUUACUGGCUAAAAGAUUAUAGUCGCGUACAUGACGCGAUAGUUGUUAAAAUUGAUCCUGUUUCUGAGGACGAACCACUUUCACGAUUGCAAGUAUGGCAUUUUUGUUCUAGGGACAGAACAAGGGGAGAACUUCAACAUCGAACUCAUUUCGAGUUUUGCACUCGUGAUGAAGCCGGGAAUCUGUUGAAUAUUCCACGAGGUGUAUGUCUCAUCAAUAUUUAUUUGGAUUGUCUCUACUAUCAAGCAUUUCCUGAUAUCCAAAUUCCUCGAAAUAUUCUCCCUGAUCCUAUUAAAAUGAGUUUAAAUACUGAUAAAGAUAAGUCUUAUUUGAGAAGUAAGUUGAAGAAGAUUUCUCACGAGUCCGAAGAUGAGAGGGUAGAGAAGAUUAUUAAAAGAAUUGAUAAUCGACUUGCUCCUAAAUAUCCUCAACGACCAGGAAAGAAUUGGGAUCGAGCUCAAACGCCUAAAUGA